AUGGCUGGAUCUCCCAGGAAAAACAGCAGUAAUAGCCAUGUUACUACGCAAUACCAACAAUCGUCACAGUUUCCAGCAUCGCAGCAACAGGCUGGUUCGUAUGCCCAAUUGCAACAGCAGUCACAUCACAAUGGUGGACAUUUGCCAAUUCUUCAACAGCAACAACACCAACAGCAACAACACCAACACCAACACCAACACCAACACCAGCAUCAGCAUCAGCAGCCUUACUUGAAUUCAGGUUAUCCAGUUUAUCACCAAGGGCUAGCCGGUAGAGAUGCCGUAGCUGCUAUCAAUAUGAUAAAUUCUCAGUUGUCGAAUUCACCUGGUGUGUAUUAUACUAACCAACAUAUACCUAAUGCUCCACCAACACCUUUUGAUUCUGCGUAUGGUGCAAGUUUGUUGCCUUCUCAUUUAUUGAUGGGGUCUCCCUUUGUCUCAACUCCAACUAUGGGGCAAUCGUAUUCUCAACAGUUUGCAAGGCCUUCACCUUCAAAAGGUGGGAAUUCGAUGGGAAGAUUAAGUAGCGCUUAUCCGGCUCCACCGACUAUAAAUUUACCUCCUUCUUCAAGAGCUCAUGCCUCUUCAAAUAACAAUAACAAUAAUAACAACAGCAGCAGCAGCAAUAACAACAACAACAAUAAUAAUAGACGUGGUAAUCAUAACUCGCAUAGGAAUACGAACAAUAACGGCGGUCGUUUUACUCAAAAAAAUAUUAUUAAACGUUUCCAAGAAAAUUCUCUGAAUAGGUUCACCAUUAGUUACAAAGUCUUACCUAAAGGUAACGAUGAAUACCAAACAAGAUCUCUGCUUUUCGAAAACGUCGAUAAAUCAGUAGACCUACACUGUUUUAUCAAAAAAUUCGUGAAUUUUGGACCAAUCGAAAGUGUCUACCUGAUCAAUUCGAAUGGCAUUUAUGACAACAACAAAAACAAUGACGAUUACGAUGAUGACAAUGACAACAACAAUGACAAUGACGAUAAUGCAAACAAUCAUGAUACACAAUCAAUUCUAUUGAGUUUCCUCUCACGUCCAAUUUGUCUAGAUUUUUACAAUAGCGUCUUACAAAGAUUAUCAGAAUUCAAAACUCAGUUGAAUUCCAAUGAUUUAACUUUGAGUUUCGUCUUAUUGAAAUACAAAAAUCAAGACAGGCCAGAUGAUGAAGAAUCUGAUUUCUCCCCCGCUUUACCUCUGUCAUUAGAGUAUGAUAUCAUUAAGAGAGGAGCCACCAGAUCUAUCGCAGUUGAAUUUAACCAACCAAUUACCUCAAAAGAAGGAUUUAUGAAUUCAAAAUUGAGCUUUCUUCUAAGCCCUGAAAACAAACGCUACAUCAUAGAAUCUGUCGAUAUAAUCAAUGCAGCUGAAAGAGAUGCCAACCUCCCAAAGAAUACUGUUAUUCUGACAUUCUUAAACAUUUCAAUGACUGUCGAUGUCAUGGACAGAAUUAGAUUAGAAAGAAAAGAUUCAGGCAUCUCCAAAUGUGUAUUCGUUACCUUCAACAAGGAGAAUCCAACUGUUCCAAAUAUGAAACGACUAUCGCUUGUAGAUAUCACUUCAGAUAUUUCAAAUCAAUUAAACUCUGAAUUUGAAAAUACUCGAUUAAUUCACCUAAUUUGGAUGGAGACAAUCAAUUGUAAUCUUAGAUGA